AUGGCUUUGUCUGGCAUACCCUUUGUUCUGACUGUUCUUGUGAUUACUGCAAUGGCCUUAAAUGCAUCUGUUGGUGAUUCUAGAGCACUCUCCGACCCAGCUACCCCUCCAAGCCUUGCUCUUAGGUUGAAGGUGGAGGGUGAACCCUCGAACUGUUGGGAAUCACUGUGGCGUAUGCAAGCAUGUAGUGGAGAAAUCAUAACGUUUUUUCUGAAUGGUGAGACCUACCUAGGGCGAAGUUGCUGUGAAGCUAUUAGGGUUAUUGGACAUGAUUGCUGGCCUAACAUUGUUGGUUCUCUAGGGUUUACCUCUGAAGAAACUGAUGUGUUGGAGGGAUAUUGUGACGAGGCUGUUCAUUCACCACCACCACCACCAUUAUCAGUAGAUCCUUGA